ACGUGCUUCUUUUACUGAUAAAAAAACGAAAACUGAAAAUUGAAAAUAUUUUCUCGCGAAAAAGUUUUUCUUUUACGAUUUUUCUGAAUUAAUUCCAUCUUAUUAGCGAUUAAUUGAUCGAAUAAUAAUUUUAUAUAAUUUUUGUACCAUCUGAACUUCUUCUACUCGUAUUUACAUGCCCGAAAGUUCUAUUUUCAUGUGACCGAAUCGGUGUCAAAAAGUGUUAUAUGUUUUUCAAUCAUCAGUCAACGCCAGUGAUUUGAAUUGAAAAAAAUGAGUAGCCAGCGUGGAAACAUAUCACGGACUCGACCACAAAAGCAUCAAAACAGAAAAGUAUUCAAGAACGACCUACACGAUACGAAUAUCAGAACGAAACGAAUCAAUCAAACGCAAAUCACCCACGUAUGUGCCAAAUGCAAAAGUAUAUUGGAAUGGAAAAUAAAAUACAAGAAGUAUAAAAUGAUAAAAGCUGCGAAAACUUGUAAUAAAUGUUCGCUGAAAGCUAUUAAAAUGCCAUAUCACACGGUCUGCAUUCCUUGUGCUCAGAAACUCAGUAUAUGCCCUAAAUGUGAAGUUCAUAUAAGUAGAGAAGAUAUACAGAAAGAUGAUCCAAGUGAUAACUGUGAUAACAUUAAUGAACAAGAUUUCGAUGAUCCAGACGUAGAUAGCGAUCUUAGCGAUGACGAUUUAUCAGAUACAGACUUGAUAGAAGAUUUAUCUGAAUUGAAAAUAAAACGAUAAGUUUUUACAUAUCUAAUGUUAUUUAUUUUAUAAUAAAACAUUAAAAAAAUUAA